CACUCAUUCCGCAGCAGAGUGAACGGGAUCUUUGCGCAUGCGUGGGAGGGGUAAGGCAGGCUCACGUGACCUCCCGCCCCGAUUCCCCUCAGUCUCGGGUCCCCCGGGUGCCCCCCAGCCCCGGGGAUCCCGUCGGGAUAUUGGAACAGGGAUUCGGCUGUGUUAAUACGGGGAUAUUGGUGUGACCUGGGCUAUACGGACAGUGAGAGCUGCUUCUCGCUCCCGAAAGGCGCCAGGCCACGCUGGCCCAUCCUCUGGCCUCGCCGGAGACACGAGUGGGGUGUUGGGUCUCUCUCUCAGUGCAGAGGCCAUGAAGAUUAACCAGGACACGGUGCUGCGAGGAAAGAAGGUGACGCUGGUGCCCUACACCUCGGCACACGUGCCCCGGUACGUGCUCCAUGCCUUCCUCGGACCCUCCUGCAUGGUCUGAUCCGCUUCUCCCCUUGAGGACGGUGUUGGGUUCAGGAAAGGUGUUGUCUGCCAGCUGCAUGGCCCGCUUCCCCCUGUGAAUCCAUCAGCGAGGUGUCCUCCGUGCCCGGCAGCACCAGCCCUGCCAGGACUGUGCUCUGUGCCAGCUCUGCUGUCAGGGAGAACCUCACCUGUGCCACUGGAAAUACCUGGCUGUGAGUGAACACAGCACUCUCUUCAUCGAGGUCUUUCCCUGGUGAUGCAGGAAGAGCAAAGCUUCGUGUAAAGCCAGGUACCACGAGUGGAUGCAGUCGGAGGAGCUGCAGCGACUGACAGCCUCGGAGCCCCUUAGCCUGGAGCAGGAGUAUGAAAUGCAGCGCAGCUGGCAGGAGGACGCUGACAAGUGUACCUUCAUUGUGCUGGACUCGGAGCGCUGGCCUGGGCAGGCGGAGGAGAACUCCAUGGUGGGGGAUGUGAAUCUCUUCCUCAACAACACUGAGGACCCGACUGUAGGCGAGAUUGAAAUCAUGAUUGCAGAGCCCAGCUUCCGUGGCAGAGGGUUUGGCAAGGAGGCAACUCUGCUGAUGAUGGCCUAUGGAGUGAGAAAACUGGGGAUCACCAAGUUUGAGGCUAAGAUUGGUCAGGAUAAUGAAGCCAGCAUCUGCAUGUUCAAAAAGCUUCACUUUAAGGAGGUUGCUGUGAGCAGCAUUUUCCAGGAGGUGACGCUGAGGCUGGAUGUCAGUGACCAGGAGAGACAGUGGCUCCUGGAGCAGACAAACCACGUGGAGAAGAAGAGCUACGCUGAGCUGCAACAGCCAGUUGGGGUGCUGGACACCUGGCAGACACCUCCAGACACCACCUGGGUUUCCAGGGAGAAUCUGGACGUUGUUGCAAGUUCUGGGUGUGGAGGACACCAAUGAGCCAACAUUGGAACUAUUUUCAUCUGUCUCCUUCAGCUCCUUUGUCAUCUUAUCAACUUUGUACUUUGCUCAGCCAGCCAGGAUUACUGCCUGAAAGUUGGACCUGGGAACAGCCACUAACUCACAGGUUUGGCUAUGAAUGACUCUGACUUUGAUGUGCUGUUCCAACAGAGCCUAAAAUCACCAGCAGUUGAUUCCUGGACAAGAAGAAACUUCUCCCACUGCUUUUAAAUCAGGACUCAUCAACAAGCAGGUUUCAUAUAUUGGCAGCUCAGUCUUUUUUAUUCUUGAAAUAAAAUUUAAAAAAAAAUCACAACAA